UCAGGGUCUCUCCUCUAACAAGUUUAUUUUGCUCUUAAGGAAAAUCCCUCCUUGCAGAAGGGCUGCGGGCAGACUGUGCAUCUGUGGGCAAUGUGAGAACACGCUGCUAACCGCAAGCAGUGGUUUGGGCUGGGAGCCCGGUUCCCGUGCCGUGGAGCAGAUCCACCUGCGCUGCACCGAGGGCUCCCUGGAGUGGAUGUACCCGGCACGAGCCCUGCGAGUGGUCCUGGAGCCCAACCUGGCCAGUGGCCAGCUCACCACGGUCUGCAUCAAACCCGCCAGCGACUUCCAGGGCGCCAGCAUCUACGUGGAACGUGCUGGGCAGCUGCAGCUGGUGGUCAGCGAGGCAGAGGGGGCUCGGGCCCAGCACGUGUCCUGCUUCAGUGCCCACACCCCACCAGGAGUGACCCUGUUCCUGCAGGCCAGCCCGCACAGGGACAUCAGCCGCCGCACCGCCAGCUUCCAGUACGAGCUGCUGAGCAACCAGAGCAGCGCCGGCCACGACUCCAAACAGAUGGCUCUCUUUGAAGCUAUGUGCCGUCCUUGUGACAACAUGGAACUCCUUAUGGCCAUUUGCAGCAGUGAUUUUGUGGUGAAAGGAUCCAUCCAAAACGUCUCCCACGACUCAGAGAACCGCAUGUCCCAGGUGGAUGUCCGUGUCCAGAAAGUCUACAGGCAGAAAAACAGGAUUUUCCAGCAGGAGGAAGGGAGUGGGGAGUGGAGAGGCCCCAUCCAAACCCUUCUGCAGUGCAAGGUGAAGAAGGGAGGGGGAGAUUUCCUCUUCACUGGGAAUGAACACUUUGGGGAAGCCUGGCUGGGCUGUGCCCCUCGGUUCAAGGAUUUCAUGGUGGUUUACCAGGCUGCCAGAGAAAGGGGAGCCAACCCUUGUGAGUUUGAGCUCAACUGACAUCAGAGACACUGUAAAAAUUUCAGCCUAGUCUUUGGAUAUUGAAUCUGGAGCAGAGUUAAAGCUAAAGUUAACAAUUCCACCCAAACUGGGACCUGGAGGAUUUCCUGGAGAUAAUGGCUCUGUGAGCCCUGUGAACUUUGACUUUUAACUCACAUUAAUUUCUCUUCCUUCACAUUUUCUUUGCUUCAUGAAAUAACUCUGGAUUUUGGAAAGACAGUGUUUUGGGGGAAAGUUAGAAAGCAGCCUGUGCUCAGUACUAGAAAAGUCUCUCUAACAUCCCUUGCUCUGUGUAAAUGUUAUGUGCUUUUUCUCUCGAUAUUUUUCUCCUCUCCCCAGUCUCUGUUUGAUUUCCUUUACAGGCAAAUGUGAAAACUCUUUCUAGGAGGAAAAACUACCUCUAAAGCAAAAAAAAGCCCUUUCUUCACCAAAAAUUACUUGAUUUUUAAAUUGGAACAUAGAUGCUAUAAAAAGUACUUGCUCUUUUCUGACAUUGAAAAACAUUAAGGAGUUUAAUACAAACACAGACAAAAUGCAGCUAAGUUGCCUCCUUAAAGUUUUGUUGAACUAAUUUAGGAUCAAGAAUUGCUCUAUUUUCACCUAAAUUAUCUGCCUCUUUUCAAUUAGCUUUUAUUAUUUGAUUGGUGGCUCCUUCCACCCUCCCUUAGUGCUUUAGCCAGACUCACAUAAUUGCCUGUAUUUUAUGUAAAUGGAAUUGCUACACCGUAAAAUGAAAUACAAAUGUGUCUACCACACAGAGCCCAUAAAUGGUGUGAAUAAAGCCAUUAUUUCCCAUGUAGUGGCAUCUGAUUGCAGCCUGAGCCACACCAGGCUGACAGAUGUGAGCCCGUGACAGGGCCUGGAGAAAACUGAAUGAGGAGAACUCUGACAGGCCACAAUUAAUUGACUUUUGGAAUGACUCCUCUUUUCCACAGUUCUACUUGGCUGAGCAAGAUUCACAAAUUGCUGUCUUGAACUUUUUUAUGGAACAAAAUAGCUGCCAAUGAAAGUCUAAAUGACAUGAGCUUUGAAUAGGAGUCAUACAAUGACCAAACUGUGACAUGUUUUUAACUGACAUUGAUUACUUGAGAAGUAGCAACCACUUAAUUGUGAGGAAAUUAGGAAGGGGAGAAGAAAUGGGAGGGAGUCAGAGGAAUGGGUACAGAAAUAUAGUCUGUUAAAUACAAUUUUACUAAAAUAGGGAAUGUCUUGAUAAACAUUUUUACAUAUAUUCACAGAGAGUAUGAUUUGGAUUCUAGGUCAGUUGUUCUUUUUGCUGUGAAAAAGUAAUCACAAAGCUAGAUCAAGAGGAAAUGUCAUUAGCAAGGAAGAAAACAGACCUUGCAUGAAUAUGAUCGUGCUGACUUCCCUCAGUACCUGCUCAGGCCCCUGGCUGUAGUCACAGUCAAGUUUGCACAGACAUAAAAUACCUGUCUGUCAUUGGAAACUGAGGCAAAGCUUUGACAGACCUAACUGACCUCCUGAUCCCAGGGAAAUCAUGGGAAAGUAGCAAAAAUGAGGAAUUUUUCCACCCUUUCUUAGUUUUUGCAGUACCCAUCAAGUGCUCAAGCAACACCAGUAAAGUUUCUCUCCCAAAACCUUCCUCAGCCCAAGGCACUUGCAGAACUUUAGGUGGAAAUGUUUAACUUGUUUCAUGGAUGCUUUGCUUGGGCUGAUUUUUAAAUCUAUUGAGGCACCACAGCAGCUCCCUCCGAGUUGUUUUCCAGUGGCCACAUGGGGAAGCAGCAGCUUGCAAUUCCACUGGGUGGUAUCAGCAAUCAUCACCUAUUGCUGCUUCCAAGUGUAACUCAGGCUGGCAGAUGCUGGAUCUCACCAAAGGCUUUUUAAAGCAGUUCCACACUGGUCCUCCAGCUGAGGAACAUGGUUUUCCUUACCCAUAAAGGUCUCUAGCUUUGUUCACUGGGAAAGAUGAUCUCCUCAUCCUCAGUGAGGAAGCAGCAUUACUGAUAACUGGUGUGUGGCGCAGGGGGAGGAGGCAGUUUUGGACCAGUCCAAAGAACACCACAGCUCUCCCAUAAACCAGUGAGUGAUGCACUAAGAGCUGUUCUUGUACCCUUGUGCCUUCACUUCUGCCUCCCUCCCUGAACAGAAAACAAAACAUUCAGAGUCAGGGUUUCCUGUGAGUGUUUAUUGAAUUUAAACCAUCACCAUUCACCAGCCACCACAAGCACAUGGAGCAGAUCCAAAUCCAUGGUGGUGGCCCUGCCUGUGUGGACAAUAACACACCUCAUACAGACUGAAGUACAGGGUUGAUAUAUCAGUAUAAUCAACAGGUUUAUAACUACAUAAGCAUUCCUUUCCCAAAAUACACUGUUUUACUGAUGUCUUUAAUUGAAGAUUAAACAUUCAUUUAUUUUCA